UAGCUCUGCGGCAGCCGCAGCCUCAUUUACCCUGGGCCAGGGCUGAGCUGCUGCGGCUGCUCAAACCUGAUCCUGAGCUGCGCUUGCCAUUCACUGCUGCUGGUAACUGGCUGCCCACAGAAAGCUGUCACCAUGCCCCACUCAUAUCCAGCCCUUUCUGCUGAGCAGAAGAAAGAGUUGUGUGACAUUGCCCUUCGGAUUGUGGCCCCAGGCAAAGGCAUUUUGGCUGCAGAUGAGUCUGUAGGCAGCAUGGCCAAGAGGCUGAGCCAAAUUGGGGUGGAGAACACGGAGGAGAACCGCAGGCAAUACCGCCAGGUCUUGUUCAGCGCUGAUGACCGUGUGAAGAAGUGCAUUGGAGGGGUCAUCUUCUUCCAUGAAACUCUCUACCAGAAAGAUGACGACGGUGUCCCUUUUGUCCGGACCAUCCAGGAUAAGGGCAUUGUCGUGGGCAUCAAGGUUGACAAGGGUGUCGUGCCUCUUGCUGGGACUAAUGGAGAAACUACCACUCAAGGGCUAGAUGGGCUCUCAGAACGCUGUGCCCAGUACAAGAAGGAUGGUGCCGACUUUGCCAAAUGGCGCUGUGUGCUGAAAAUCAGUGAGCGUACACCCUCAGCACUGGCCAUUCUGGAGAAUGCCAAUGUGCUGGCCCGCUAUGCCAGCAUCUGUCAACAGAAUGGCAUUGUGCCUAUUGUGGAGCCUGAGAUCCUGCCUGAUGGAGAUCAUGACCUCAAACGUUGCCAGUAUGUUACAGAGAAGGUCCUGGCUGCCGUGUACAAGGCCCUGAGUGAUCAUCAUGUGUACUUGGAGGGAACCCUGCUCAAGCCCAACAUGGUAACUCCUGGCCAUGCCUGUCCCAUCAAGUAUAGCCCAGAGGAGAUUGCCAUAGCCACCGUCACUGCCCUGCGCCGCACUGUGCCCCCAGCUGUCCCAGGAGUAACCUUCCUGUCUGGGGGUCAGAGUGAAGAGGAGGCAUCGCUCAACCUCAAUGCCAUCAACCGAUGCCCUCUUCCUCGGCCAUGGGCCCUCACCUUUUCCUAUGGACGUGCCCUGCAGGCCUCUGCACUGAAUGCCUGGCGAGGGCAAAGGGACAAUGCUGAGGCUGCCACUGAAGAGUUCAUCAAGCGGGCUGAGGUGAAUGGGCUUGCUGCCCAAGGCAAGUAUGAAGGCAGUGGAGAAGAUGGUGGAGCAGCAGCACAGUCCCUCUACAUUGCCAACCAUGCAUAUUGAGGUGGCUUAGUUCACACCACAGCCCUUGGCCCAGCCAUCUACACCCACUUUUGCCUAUUAGUCACAGCUAGAGCCAAAUAGCCAUGCGGAUCAGAGAUGCCUUCAUCCAUUCCUUUCCACUUUCUCAUUGCUGCAUCUGGGACCAUAGGAUGGGAGAAUAUGGAGUCCUUCAUGUCUGAGGGCAGGAGAACUUGCUAGAAGUCAGAACAGGAUGUGUGGGUCUCCCCCCUGCUUCUGUCAACGCCCACAAUUUCCUCAUGAUGAUGUAGCUUCUCCUUGGGCUCUCCUUGCUGGCCUGGGGGUCAGAGGGAAGUAACAUCAGCCCUGACCUAUGCCUUGAGUACAUACCAUAUAGCAAAUAAAGGGUAGCAAAACA